AUGAUGGAACUUGAAGAAUAUAUUGAUUACUCAGAAGAAAGUAAUAAUGAAAGUGAUGAUGAUGAUAGUGUAGAAAUGCAUCAAUCUGAACAUGAUGAGGCUUUAUUAAAAUUACAGAAAGAUAUAAGAAAGCUUCAAAAUGCAGUAUUUAAACAAACAAAUAUUGAAACUUACUUUGAGUCAGCUAGCUAG